AUGAAGUUCUCUACGACCCUCGCAUUGUUGGCCAUUGCCUCCACCCAAGCCUUUUCUCCUUCCGCUUCCAUGAGAGCAACAACAACGUCGACGCAACUGCAGAUGUCUCGCGUCGACUCGUCAGAGCUCGUCAAGGAAGCCUUGGCGGCUUCCAAAAAGUUUGGAGCUGCUUCUCCCGAGGCUCGUUUGGCUUGGGAAGCUGUCGAAGAAGUGGAUUCCAGUGAUAACAGUGCCGCAACCCAAGGAAACGUUGCCGAUUACCAAGCCAAGUUGAAGGAACUCGCUGCCAAACUAAAGGAAAAACAACCUGUCAUGUCCGUCUUGAAUGACAUGGCCGACGAAAUCAAGGCUGUCAAAUUGUCGGCUCCUGCUUCCAAGCCAUCUGUUUCCAGUCCUCAACUCAAGGAGGCCAUGGAGAAUGCCAAGCAACUUACCGAAAAGCACGGUAUUACUUCUUCGGAAGCUCAAGUGGCCUGGGAUGUCGUCGAAGAAAUUGCUUCGGCUGGUAAUUCCAAUGCCAUGGGAGGCAUGUUGUCCGAAGAGGAAUGUUUGGUGGAUGCUGCCGUGGAAGCUUGUGUGGCAUUGGAAGAAUUGAGCCGGGCAUUGGACUCGCAAAACAGCAAGUAA